GGUAUUCAAAAGGUGCCCAUCUUAAACAGGUAUAGUACUGCAGGUCGUACCGCUAGCAUAGUCCUCCAGUUUUGAUCUGGGAGACCAUUCAUUGGUAAAUGACCAGUAGUCACGAUCAUCGACCUUUCGUAGUCAGAUCAGAUGGAGCACAUUAACGCACACGGAUUCUGUCCGUGUUCAUUUUAUAGGAUAUCCUUCAUCAAUAUUGUAUCUAUUGCCGCUUGUGAUCCAAUUUGGGGAGUUUAGUUUACCACUUUCCAUAAGAGCUUCCCGACGAAACCUACAUGUAUGAUAUAGCUUGCCAAUUGCAUUGUGAACACGUGAUAUGGCAACAACUAUGAGCUAGCUUGUGGACAAUUUUCACGUUUGAUACACGUCUUUUAAGGAAGACUGGUGAAGGAUUCUGCAAGGUCGGAUUAAGUUACAUGGGGUUGACAAUAGGGAUCUCUCCCAUCUCUCAGUAUUGCUGUACCAACACGACCCCAGUCCCCUUACUGUGCAUAUUAGCCACUAGAUGACCACCAAUUGUUCCCCUCCACUCAGAUUCAAGGAAUGUUACGAGCUAAUGCAGCGGGAGGGACCGACAUCUACUCUGAUUACAACGCCGUUAAACAUGUUGAAUCAACAAGACUCGGCUAUCCUGGUGGUCAUUUGGCAUUCCCUCACUGUGGGCUGAGUUGGUGACGGCGAUCUGCUGGGCGACUUGACCGCGGGGAAAGCGAGUCAUCCUAUCAAAGAUCAUGUUCAUCAUCUGCUAACAUAUACUUUCCUACCUUUGUGUCAAUCUUUGAGUUAACAUUGAACCCGGGAUUGGAAAUGAGGAUUUGUGCCAGGAUUAACUAUUCAAAAUAAUGUUUGCUCGAUAUUUUCUCUUAGACUUGAGGAUACAUAUCACGGAUCUGUUAAAAUUUCCGAUUUUGUUGUAAUCAGUUGCGUUCGUGCCGUAAUUCCGCCUUCGGAUACCCAAAUGAAUCCAAUUUUCUAUACUUGUAGAGGCUACUUUAGAACUGUGCUAUCUCGGAGCCUUGUGUGUCACGGUGCGAUUCCGCAGACGUUUUCCGCCGGAAUCUACUAGAACUUCCCGGCCAGUAACAUGAGAAGAACUGAAGCCCUGCAUGGGCAGCGCCAACAAAGUGCUUACAUGUAGCAGCUUCGAACCCAGUAAAGGGUGGCACUAUGGUUUUGGGCCGAUAUUUCCUUGCACUAUCAUUUUCAAAGUGACAUUAGGGAAAAAACCGUGUGGAUAAUAGACCUUCGGGCGGAAUUUUAGACAUUUGUUGUUCUUGAGUAUACAUAGAUGAGAUACGUUGAAUGAAAUGGAUGGCCGACGCGACCAACGGUUACAAGAGGGGAGGAUGUUCAAAGUCUUCUUAUUGCUUUUCCUUUACACCAGCCACAGUGUUGUUUCAGCAUCAAUAGCAGAAUUUUAUUUAAAGAAGAACUUGACUGCUAUCUACGACCCGACCAACCGGCCAGUCCUGGACCACAACCGCACAGUACGGGUUGAGUUGGACGUCGCUUUGCAACAGCUAAUAAGCUUGGUAAGUCAGUGGGGUGAAGAAAAACUACAAGUGCUGUUUACAAAUUGCUGGAUCAGACUGAGCUGGACGGACGAGCACCUCAGGUGGAAGCCCGGGGACUGGUCAGGCAUAGAUGCAACGGCUUUUAACAAGCAUGCUCUAUGGGUUCCGGACAUACAAAUAGUAAACUAUGCGGCUGAACGGCCAAUAGACAACGAACAUUUCAUUGCAACAGUGGAUUACAACGGCCAGGUAAAAUGGCUCUACCAAGCUAUAGUGAAGAGCACGUGCAAUGUGAACGUGCAGUACUUCCCCUACGACACACAGAACUGCCACCUUGAGUUCUCGUCCUGGAGUUACCUCACCCCGCAACUCGACUUAUGGAAUGCUACGGUGUCCGGCGACACGUCCGUUUUCGUUCGAAAUGGCGAAUGGCACCUUUUGGAUAUGCCAGUAAAACGAGAGGAAGUGUACACGAACUGCUGUGCUGAUCCAUGGAGUAUUGUGACGUAUAACAUUGUCAUUCAGCGACGCCCUCUAUAUUAUGUUUACAACUUGAUGGUGCCGUGUGUUUGCCUGUUAGGGACUGCUAUGACCGGAUUCCUCCUGCCCCCAGAGUCUGGUGAGAAGCUCUCACUGGGGGUGACCAUCCUGCUAUCUCUGACGGUGUUUCUGCUACUUGUGGCCGAGAUCACACCGACACAAUCUGAAGUCAUUCCUCUACUUGGCCAAUUCUUCGGCAUUUCCAUAAUGCUACAGACCUUCUCUACCGCCAUGAACGUGGUGGUCAUCAACGUCCACUGCCGUGGCGGGCAUAACAUCGACGUGCCACCCUGGUUGCGUGUGUUUGCCUUCGUUUUCCUUGCUAGGGUUUUCUGUACGUACAGUAAGGUCAGGAGGCAGUUGAAAUAUGUUCAGGAUAAGCAGGACACGGUCCUGAUCCAUGGCAAAAACUCUCUCGCGGAGGAAGACAUCGACAGCAAUCACGGACUAAUAACCGUCAACGAAAUAGCCAAUCAUGAUUCGCCAUCAAAGGUCAAACCAAGGCAAACAUCGUCUUCGCGUUAUCACUCAACUCUAGCGUCCAUUCUCAGAACAGUCCGACAUCUGGAUGAGAAAAUAUCAAAUCGUCUCAAAGAAAUUGAAAAACAUGCAAUGCAUGAGACAGAAUGGCGGAUUGUAGCUGUUCUCAUCGACAGGUUGUUGUUGGUGUUGUUCGUCUUAGUUGUUGCCACUGUGCUUUGUCUAUUUCUCCUCAGCCCGCCAUACAACACAAUGCCUUGAUGAUAGAAAGGGUAAGCAAUGGCACGGAUAGUUUGCAGAGGUCUUUCGAGCGAAAGAAGCAUUUGUUUCAGCGUUUUCCGGUUACUGAAGGUCAGUUAAGUUCCGCUGGACUACAGGACUGGAAACCUACAGCUUUUUUCCCAUUGGGAUAUUGUUUUAAGACUGCUACACUGGCAAUGUAAAGCUAAACAGCCCACCUUCUCUCAAUGCCUUCAUACAUAAAUACAUGUAGUAAUGAAUAAACAGGACUCUCCAAUUGUCUAACAAAAACUUCAUCUUUUAUUCAU